GAACGGCAAGCUGGUCUCGCCAUUCAAAGCAAUAAAAAGGUACCAAUAAGAAUUUCUUUCAGCAAAUAAACAUAAUAAACAACGGAGGAUAUAUACGUUAUUUUUAUUUUAUUCCUGCAUUUGUUAUUAUUUCACAUUAAACUCUAAGUAGUUUUUUUUAAAAUAAACGCUUGAUAGCUGUACAAACCAUACGAAAAAUUCAUCGUGGGUAAAUGUCAGAACGGAAAAAAAUAUGCAAAGUAUUGAAGAGCUUAAUGUUAAAUUUAAAUCAAGAAGAUGUUCAAAUACUCAACAUGAUGGUACAGAUAUAUAAUUGAAGAAAUGUGGUGUAAGUUGUUUUUUGUCUACCGUUUUAAGUUAAGGAAAGGUUAUGAGUAUUCAUAUCCGAUAACAAAGACGAAUGAAACGAAUGUUUGUACAUUAAAUGAAACCUAUAUCACGAUACCCAUAACGUAUGUAGACAGUUUGAAUUAUAAAUAAAAAUACUUUAUUAUACGGCAAAACGGAUGACUACCCACAUCUUACAGUAUUAUAUAGUUUUCAAAUUGCGUAGACAAUUUAAAAAAAAGAAACAUACUUAUUAACGCAAAAUUCAUUUCUCUAUACGAUUCUAAUAUUUUACAUACCUAUAUUAUCUACAAACAUGUCUAUAGCAGAAAAUGUAAGCAAGGUUAUUUGUUUUCUAUAACUGAGGGUAGAUUCAACUUAGUUCGGCCAGCGUGUUGGUUCAUUAGAAACAAGUAUAAACCUAACUAUAAUUAUGUUUACAUGUUCGACGGGUGAGUGGAACGUAUAAAUUGUGCAUCUUCGGUGACGAUUGUCCUUUUUGUCAUAACUGGCGUCCAGUAGAAUCGUGCCUAUCUUGUAAUUGAUUUGAUUAUAUUCUAAUAAAAUGGAUCCUAUGUCUUAUAAUUUUAAUAUGGAAGAUCAAAAACCAAUUUUUACGACUGCCACCGAUACUACGGCUACGACAACAACAGAAAGUUUCAUUACGACUGGCUCGGAUAAUAAGAAUUUGAGUGCCGAGCAGGGUGGUAUGUUCUCUGCAUCCAUACCACCGUUCCAGAGAAGUGGGGGUACUGAACUCCUCGGCAUGCUGGGUCAGCAGGAACCACGCGCCGCAGAUCCUGCUCCCAGUGCGGCAGAUAUGGACGAUAUUCUAAUGAACAUUCGAAUGAACGGCUCCGAUAUGCUAUUUGACGAAGUAGAUCAAAAUCAAAACUAUUACCUAGGCGGUAACAGACCGGAGUCGGUGGCAUCUUCGAACAUUUGGAACGAUAAUACGUCUGUGUCUGGCGCUAGAAAUGGCGAAAUGAUGGACACUUUCGAUUUCCUUAUCAAAAGUCUCUCAUCAGCAAACAACUACGUGUCGAUGCUGACUCGCGAGCAAUUGUCUGUGCUGCGUUCGAUCCGGCCGAGUCUGCUGUACGAGUUCCUGCAGGAGGUGGCUAAGGUGCGCAGCGACAGGCGUAUGCGCCGGGCCCUGCCCAACGAAUGCGCUUUCUGCAAAAACAACGGUGAAAAUGAGGAGUGCUAUUCGUCGCACGCGCUGAAGGACUGGCGCGGACGCGUCCUGUGUCCAGUGCUGCGCGCCUUCCGCUGUCCUCGCUGCGGCGCGACCGGCGACCGCGCACACACCAUCAAGUACUGCCCGGAGAACGCUGACACUGCUUCGGAGCGUUCCGGCAGUCUCUCUGCUCGUCGCCGCGUGCCGCCAUCGGCUUCCUUAGUCCUGGGAGGAUCGACCACAAGGACCAACUACGGGCCGCUGACCCCCACCGCGCCGGCACCCUCGCCCGUCCCCACUUCCACAUCCUUCUCCUCCUCAUUUUGGACCAGCUUCAGCAUGAAUUAAAACGACUUACGCUGUUCGUAUUUGAUUGAUUCAAAAUUUGUUGAAAUGCUUUAAUUGAUUAACUUUCAUUAUCUUCUUCGGUCACAUUUGCAGAUUGCCGCUGGUACUCGCAGACAGUAGUUACCACCAUAACCACACCGUCGUGGUAGCUGGCAAUAAUUCUACUGCAUGUAAAAUUCUUGUUGCCUUAAUUACUUCUAUAUAACUUGUUAUAAUUUUGUACUAGAGUUAGACUACUUACGACCAAUUACAACGUUUUCUAUUACACAGCCCAUAUGUGUUCACUUAACUAUUUUUCAUGGUAGAGAAUGUGAAUAUAGAUUGGGUUGACGUCACGGGUAUUCGAAUAAAGGUAUGCAGGUCAUACUUUAUUUGAAAUUGUUAUAAGUGACUGACUAAUGUAGAAUUUAGUAAGCAUACGUUGACCUUUUUAUUUCGACUAGAAAUGUUUUGUAAAUGUUGAUCUCGAUGGUAUGAAAAGAAUUUCUUACUAAAUUGAAUAUCAAUUUAUAAAAUUUAAAUCCCUGUCGAAAACGUUUCCAUGUUUGUUUAAGCGGUGAAUUUUUCAUUGGGUUUUCAUAUUUAUGCAUUAUCAGAUGUUACGGCUCAUUAUUAUACAGAAAAGUUUUAACCAAUUGUCAUCUUUUUCAAAAAUAUAAUUCAAUCAUAAUAAUUUCGAAAUUUCAAUGAAUUUAUUGUUAAUACUGAUGCUCUAAUAAAUUACAUGUAUUUGUAAAUCUACCGAA